AUGGAUAAGCAGCUCGAAAAUUCUAUUCCGCCGGCGGGCACUCCAAGUGAGCGACCCCGCCCCUCUUCGGAGGGCAAGCCCCAUACGUAUACGGCGGGGGGCAAAGACUGCUUCGUAGGUCGGCAAGAUGCCGGCCUCCGUGAACACGACAAAGGCAAUGGAAAUGGCUCAGGAUUAGGCUUAAGUUUUGACGGAAGGAAAGAGAAGGAGGAGAAAGAAGGAGGGCGUGAUCUGCGAAGUCGUAGAAAUGUAUUCUACCCGGCUUUCGCUGAAUCCGGAGUGGUUGCAAGCGCGUCAGCACCAUCACCGCUUCCCGAAGCGAUGGUGGUCCUGGAGCGUAUCCCAAUUCCGGAAAUCGAGGAGAAGAUCGACAUGGAAGUCGAAGUCGAGAAGGAGGCAUCGUCUGCUGGGACGGAUACCAGCCUGGUCACAGUACGAUCCAGGUCGGGGUCCCCUGAGACCAGGAGCCACUUCUGGGCAGAGGAGGGCCCAAAGAGGCGUCGCCUAACGACGGUAUCGUCGGAGUCGGCGUCGCCCUCGGGCAGUGACAGUGAAGCAUCUGCCAGUAAAGGCAGAGCCCGCCGCACUACCAGCGGUAAAUACGUCGGUCUGUCUAAGGCACAGGCAGACGUUGUAGCAGCGAAAAAGGAGUUCUUGAAAACUCAGGCCGCAGAGGAGAUAGCAGAGUUCGCCAACCGAACUCUCCAGACUAGGGUGCCGCGUCUGUCAGGAUCAUCCUCUGUGAACGAGAGUGAAGCUCCUCAUCGGGACAUUAACCAGCAGGUGCUGGGUGCCCUAGAAGUUGUGGAGAAGGUAGCCAGUAAAUCUGGCAACCUAAAGGGCACCUCAGUACGGGCUCUGAAGGACGCAAAGUCGGCCAUCAAAGCUGCUUGGGAUGUCUUAGUCGAGCGGACAUCCACGGAUGUAACCAGACAACUACAGGCAGACAACGCCCGCAUCUUGGCGGACAACGCCCGCCUGCAGACUCAACUGACCAGCCUCCACAACGAGCUCGUCAAUGUCAAGGUGGAGAUGGAGCUACUGCGAAAGCUACAGGGUGCUCCUGCGUCAGCUCCAGUUACGACUGGAGAGUCGCCCGCUGCAUCGCGGUCUACUCGCGGCCAGAAGCGGCCAGAGUCGGCCGUCCCAGCCACAAGCAAGGAGGACGAACUAGCGCGAACCAUCAUGGUCCAAGUAGGGACGAUGGUCAAUGCGCGCCUCGAUGCUCUAGAAGGCAGACUUCUCCCGGAGAAGAGAUUGCGUCCGCCACUGUCGGUCGACAGCAAGCGUUCGCAAGCUUCUCCGGUGGCUAAGGCAACCCCGCAAGCGCCUAUGCCUCGUGCCCCUCGACCGAUUCCCCCUGCGCCUUCUACAAUGGAGGUGCCGUGGAACGUCGUUGCCAGAAAGGACACCAAGAAGACCACCCCCACUCAGACAAAGAGUGGCCCGGUUAAGCUGCGUCCUCCUCGGACGGCGGCUGUCGUGUUGACGCUCCAACCGGGUGCGGAAGAAAAGGGGGCCUCUUACGCUGGAGUGCUGGCUGAGGCCAGGUCCAAAAUCAAACUGGACGAGUUGGGCAUCAGUGCAGUCCGGUUUCGACGAGCUAUGACUGGCGCCCGCAUCCUUGAGCUGUCUGGAACCACCAGCAAUGACAAGGCGGACUCCCUCGCACAGAAGUUGAGGGAGACAUUGAGCGAGGAUGUGGUCCGGAUAAAUCGGCCUAUAAAGACUGCGGAGAUGCGCAUUUCCGGUUUGGACGACUCAGUCACCGCUGAGGACUUGGUGGCAGCGGUGGCUCGAGCUGGCCAAUGCGAUGCCGUUCAGGUUAAGACCGGCGAAAUUCGCCGGAAUAUAACCGGUCUCGGCUCGGCAUGGCUGCGCUGCCCAGUGGCUGCCGCAAAAAAGGUGUCGGAGGGUGGUCGGCUGCUAGUCGGCUGGGUGGCGGCUCAAGUUAAGCUGCUAGAGACCCGGCCGAUGCGCUGCUACCGAUGUCUAGAACCUGGACACGUCUGGGUAUCAUGUGUUUCGGAGGUGGACAGAAGUGGUCUCUGUUACCGCUGCGGACAGCCCGGCCACAUAGGCCAACAGUGCUCAGCCGCGCCCCAUUGCACUAUAUGCGAGGCUAGCGGCAAACCUGCGGACCAUCGGAUGGGGGCAUGUGUUACUCCAUCCAAACGCAGGAAUGGUAGAAAGAAGGCUAGCGAUGGCUCCAGGGUCUCCUCGCAGCCUGUGCGCCCACCAGCGAAUGCUGGAGCUAGGGCAGAGGGGGAACCGACAAUGGCUGUUGAUUAA